AUUGCCAUGGCCUGCGGCCUGUCGCCUGAGAUGGCGGCGAUGCUGGCGCAGAUGUCCAAGGAGAAGGAGCGGGACGUGCACGUGUCGAGCGAAGAGCUGGCAGCAACGAUGGAGUACAACAAGAAGGUCCAGGACCGCUACAACGAGGUGCAGGCCAAGCAGGCGGCGUCCGCGGGCUACGACUGGACGCGUCCGUACGAGAAGUGGGAAGCGUACGAGGACCCCGAGGACCUCGCAGCGAAAGAGCAGGCUGCGCGUGAGAAGGCCGAGCACGCCGCCAUGCGGCAGUCCUGCAACCACGAUCAUUCCGCGGAGCAAAAGCUCAUGGACAUGACAACGGCCGCGAAAAUGGAGAAAUGCGACCACUUUCGUCGCCUCGGCAACCGCUUCUUUGCGCACGCGCAGUACCAGCGCGCUGCCUACCACUACCACCGCGCGCUCAUCUACUUUGAGUACAUGUUUAGCGACACGGACGCCGAGCAAGCUGAGAUGGAUGCGCUCAAGAAGCGUAUUUUGCUCAACUUUGCACUCUGCCGCCUCAAGACGCGCCAUUUGGACCAAGCGCUGCACCACGCGACGCUGGCGCUCAAGCUCGACGACGCCAACGUCAAGGCCAAGUACAUUUGCGCGGUCGUCUACCGCAUGCAAGACCACUUUGACGACGCGCAGCGCGAGCUCGACGCUGCGAUCGCGCUCAGUCCCAGCGACGCCGCUUUGGCACAAGAGCUGCGGACGCUCGUAGCGAAAAAGGCGGCGUACCGCGUCAAGAGCAAGCAGCUGGGCGCCGCCAUGUUUCAAACCGCCCAGCCCAAAGCCCGCGUCGCCAGCCGCAGCGCAAGUCUCUUCCAGGACACGAGUCUCCAGCGUGCGCUGGACCUCGAGCUGCGACCAGCAACGAGCGCCAUGACCGACGAGAUUGAGAGCUGGCGGCCGUCAGCCUUCGGGGCGGCAUCGAUGGCCGCCUUGCUCGGGCAACUCUCGGGCGACAACGGCGUUGACGCUGCCCUGCUUGUGCGCCCGACCGCCUAGUACCUCGGCGACGGUGUUGAUACAGACUCGAU